AUGCCUCCUAAAUCGCGGUUUACUCGGCUCGACGCCUUCACGAAGACCGUCGAAGAUGCGCGCAUCCGUACAACCUCCGGCGGCAUUGUAACAUUGACCUCCUUGCUGCUCAUCCUCUAUUUGGUAUGGGGAGAAUGGAGCGACUACCGGAAGAUCGAAGUACAUCCGGAGUUGAUCGUCGACAAGACAAGAGGAGAGAAGAUGGAGAUUCACAUGAACGUUUCUUUCCCAAGAGUACCUUGUGAGCUGCUCACGCUCGAUGUGAUGGAUGUCAGCGGGGAGGUUCAGACUGGUGUUAUGCACGGCGUGAACAAGGUACGACUAAGGCCAGAGAGCGAAGGUGGCGGAGAGAUUGCAAGAGGCGUACUGGACCUUGAUGCAGAAGAGAAGGAAGCUACGAAGCACCUGGACCCAGAUUACUGUGGAGAAUGCUAUGGAGCACCUCCUCCCAGCGGAGCGAGGAAAGAGGGAUGCUGCAAUACUUGCGCUGAAGUUCGAGAGGCGUAUGCACAGGUAUCGUGGUCGUUUGGGCGUGGAGAGAACGUUGAGCAGUGCGAGCGGGAACACUACAGCGAACAUCUGGACGAGCAACGUCGAGAAGGAUGUCGUAUUGAAGGAGGAAUUCGUGUGAAUAAGGUGGUAGGAAACUUCCAUUUUGCUCCGGGCAAGUCGUUCAGCAAUGGCAACAUGCACGUUCACGACUUGGAGAACUACUUCAACACGCCUGAGGGAGUACCGCAUCACACCUUCACUCACAAGAUUCACCAUCUCCGCUUUGGGCCGCAGCUUCCCGACGACCUAGUCAAGAAAGUAGGCAAGAAGGGAAUGGCAUGGUCGAACCACCAUCUCAACCCCCUAGACGACACGAAGCAAGAGACGGACCAAAAGUCGUUCAACUACAUGUACUUUGUCAAGGUCGUCUCCACCGCAUACCUACCGCUUGGCUGGGAGAAGACGAACACUAUUCUAGACGUGCCGCACGAGCUUAUCGAGCUCGGUGGAUAUGGCAAGGGAGAGCAGGGAAGUAUCGAGACGCACCAGUACUCUGUCACUUCGCACAAGAGGUCGCUGCAAGGUGGAGAUGCGAAGGAUGAAGGACAUAAGGAGAGAUUGCACGCACGAGGUGGUAUUCCUGGUGUCUUCUUCUCAUACGUAAGUGAAAACAAAGUUUUGAACCCAAAAUAAUCCGCACUGACAUUAACGGCACAGGACAUUUCUCCUAUGAAGGUCAUCAACCGCGAGACUCGCGCCAAAUCCUUCUCGGGCUUCCUGGUCGGCGUCUCUGCCGUGAUCGGCGGAACACUCACCGUCGCUGCGGCCAUCGACCGAGCGCUGUACGAGGGCGGUCAAAGAGUGAAGAAGUACCACAACAACUAG